AUGACCUCUGCCACCCAGUCCUCCAGGGGCCAGAAUCUCAAGGCGUACAGUCUCUCAGUUACCCAAACCGCCUACCUCAAAACCAAACUGGAGGCUUACCGAAUGAAGAGAAAGAGGAAGGAUGACCGGAAAGGACGUGGCUUGGUGGUAAAAGAAGCGUGUCGACGACUAAAGGAAGACUGGGAGGCGAUGACGGAACUGGAGAUGUCUCCAGAGUUGGAGAAGAGAAUGAAACGCGCUGUUAAUAAAUGGUUCGAGGAGAAUAUCAAGUACGAAAGGGGGCCGACGAAGAAACCGUGGGGUAUGCGCUGGACUGCACGCCUGGUUUUCCAGUAUGAGAGAUCGCGUGCGAUCGGUUUCCUCGCCAAACUGAUGGCCCAGAGCCCCGCUCCAGAACUGCCAGACCUUCGGGAACUGCUCGACGACGAAGACGAGGUCAUUCCCCCUGAAGCCAUAAGACCUGAACAAGCCGAUUACGUCCCUUCGGGACCAGACGAAGACGAGGACGAGGAGUCCAUCGGUUUGUCGACCCAGGGAGGUAAUGAGGAUGAGGGCGGCGAGGAGGAGGAGGAGGAGGAGGAGGUGGAGGAGGAGGAGGAGGAGGACCAAGGGGAGGAGGAACGGGUAGGAGACGAUGAGGAGGAGCAGGACGAAGAUGAGGCUCUUCUCACUCGUGCGAAGAUGCUCAGCGACCAACUCGAUCCUUCUGUGAAGCCCUUCGCGAAAUAUCAGACAGCCACCUCUCUUCUGUUCAACGCCCUCACUCCAGACGAAGUUGCGUACUACCGGAAUAAGGCGCGGACGUGGUUGGCAAUGGGCCCUCCCCUUGCCGAACGUCGAAGGGUCGCGGAACGGUUCCUAAGAUCGAGAAUUUUCGACUUCAUCGUUGGGCUAAUGAACGACAUGAAUGCCAGGGUCUAUCUCCUGGUCGGAUUCGAGAAGAUGGAUGGUUCACGCCGUUCGUUCGAUGUCGAGUUCAACAAAGAGCUCAGAGGGUGCGAGAAGUCCUUCAAGGAGACCAACCCCGCGGAGUGUGCGACGCUGAAGGGCCGGUGGGAUGUGUGGGUGGAGGAGGCUUUCAACGCGCAGGAGGGGGCAGAUCCCAAUGCAGCGAUGGAUAGCUCGUCCGCGUCCAAAGGCAGACCAUUGUGGACCUUGGAACUGGACGAGCACGGCAGACCCCUCCUCCCUCCAUGGUCAUCGAAAGGCAGCUUGCAGCCCGCAGUCUGGUUACGCCAUGUCCUUCGAAGCUAUCUGACUCGCUAUUACGUUCUCGCUAGCGGAUCGGACCCUCUCCCGUCGGUGUUUCCACUCGGAAAACAACGCCCAUCCGUACCUUGGACACCCAUGGGGAAGGAGUACAGGCGGUACGUCGACGAGGAGUACUUCCCGGAGAACGUGCCGUUCAGGGAUCCUUGGGACAUCGACUCGUUGCCCCUGCGCAUCCUGUACCAGCACCUUUGGAAGCGCCAGCAAGAUCCGAAUAUUACUACGCCGUUCCUGUGGAAGGCCGUUCUCGAACGCACGAAGGGAGGGGCUACAAGACCCAAAGCUGCCAACUUCCCAAGGCAGAUGGGGACGUAUGUUCCUCCCCCAUCCACAGAAGGCCGCAGGAAAGGACAGUACGUCGAGGUUGAUACGGAUGAAGGUUCGGUCUCGGAUGACUCAGAGGACGAUCUGAGGGAUCUGAACCCCCAGCCAAUACGAGUUGCCCCAUCGCCCUCUCCCGAUCCUGAAGAUUUGCAAGAGAUAACCUUCAAUCGCCCUCUGUCGUCCUCACCAGUUCCUGAAGACAUGCAGGGGAUAGAUUUGGAACCCAUUGUGGUCCCGAGGCGUCCCCCAUCGUCCUCUCCCGAAAUGGAGGGGACUCGUUCGAUGUCGUCCUCACCCAUACGCGAAGAUAUUCGAGGAAUAUCUGCGGAGCCCACCGUCACUUCAAGUCGCUCCCCGUCGUCGUCGCCCGAGCCUGAUGUUUUGUCAAUGAUCAUACAGACGUCUGCUCCCACUAUCUCUCCUCGGCCCCCUCGUUCGCCACCUCGCUCUCCCUCUCACUCUCGCUCCCCAUCGGGCUCGCACUCACGGUCUCGAUCUGCGGAGCCCACCGUCACUCCAAGUCGCUCCCCGUCGUCGUCACCCGAGCCUGAUGUUUUGUCAAUGAUCAUACAGACGUCUGCUCCCACUAUCUCUCCUCGGCCCCCUCGUUCGCCACCUCGCUCUCCCUCUCACUCUCGCUCCCAAUCGGGCUCGCACUCACGGUCUCGGUCGUCUUCCCCAGAACAAGAUGAGCUCACGCAGAUAGCACCCCCUCGGUCGUCCAUUCGCUCUCGGGAACCUGAAGAUUUGGGGGAGGGCUCUCAAAGGGUGGCUUCGACUAAUCGUCGUCCUCCUAGUUCUAAACGGAUGCUUGAGGGCUUAGCAGUGCUAUCCGUUGGAGAGCUUGACACUCCCCGCCAGACCCGUAAGCGCGUUCGAGAGGAGGAGAAUGACGCGCUACCACAAGCAAAGAAAGGAUCAACAGGGGGUAAUUCUGGUUCUCGAGGGAAGAGGGGAGGAGGAAGCAAGAGCACCUCUCGUGUAAGAACCCGUGGUAGGAACAAGUAG